AUGGACCUUGACACUCCCGAGGACCCCUUUGAGCUGGAUGUUCUCCAGAAGCCUGUUUUCUUCUCGAUUGAUCCCAUAAAGCCUUUGGACAAAUACCCAUGGAACGAUGCUUUGCCAGACCUUACGGCGGGGCUGUUUGAGAGCCCCCUGCACUUAUUCAAACAUGAAGGAGUGGAAGUUCACACAUUGAAUAUUUUUGGAGAUGAGAAAGCAGAAGAGUCAGGUCCUCCAAGCGUGGCAGACUCUUCAUCUAGUUCUGCACAGCAUGGUAGCCAAGGAGAACCCACCGAUGAUUUCUCUGGCGAGGAUAUAUGGUCCCUGGAUAAUAUUCCAGCGUUACCUACCACGAGUUACGAAUUGCUAUCGUGGGAUGUAUUUCCGGAUACCUGGAAAGAGCAAUCAGGCCCAACAUGCUUGAGCGAGGCUGGACCUCGUGGAUUUGAUGCCGCCUUGAUACAUCAAGCCACAAAUACUGGUCUUGAGGAUUCAGGACGGGUUGCAAAAACUGACGCUUUAAUCUCUUCUCUUUUCAGACUUGGGCUUGGCUGGAACUCUGUGUUCUUCCGAUAUAACGAGCAGUCUCGCAAGUUUGAAAAGUACUUGAGAGAUGUCCGUGUCUCUGGCAUCAGUUUACCUGCAAUAGAUGGCUUAACUAAAGGUAUCCUGGAAUGUGGGACAUUGAUGCGGAAACUUCGUCAGUUUGUUGCUUGCGUGCCAACUCAGUCAGGAGCGCCACCUUCUCUGACCAGUCUCUCUCGGGUUGUUUUUAUACUGCUGUACAGUAUCGAGAACCAGCUUUCAGCAAAGUCAAAGACCAAUCCAUCCCUGCUACAGACGCAUAUGUAUUUUGCACGGAUCAGCUGCCUUGUUAAAUGUUUAGUGGAUAUUGUCCAGAAUGCAAUCAGGCUUACAGCUGAUGUACAGGUUAUUUCGAUGGUUUUUGCAAAGUGUGAUCACUAUUCGCAUCAGCAUCAAUGGCUUGCAGACAUUUUCCAUGAGAUUAUGGGUGCUACUGCUAGUUUAUGGCUGCAUCGCGCAGCUCAGUGGAUUGGCCUUCGACCGGCUGGAGGUCGAUUAAAUGUGACUCAAGAGUUUGAUCCUGGGUACAUUGAUGAAUAUACCGCUGAAGAAACGAAAUUCAACCCAGGGUCGAUGCCGAGCUUUAUCACCCGCGAAGACGCAAAUGUUAUUUACGAGACGGGGGUGGGCCUGAAUCUGCUAAGGUCUUCCCACAAGGGCCAUCCGCUGGCGGAAGUGCACCAGAAGGAAAACACGUCUUCCUUGACGCUAGAGUGGGGGUUAACAUGGGAAGAUAUUGACAACAUUCAGCUUAAAGCAAAAUGCUAUGAGGCUUGCCUGCGAAACGAGAUUUUGAAAUACAACCGAGCCAUCGGGAAACCCCAUAAAGAGUCCAGCACACCAAAGGAAUACACGUUUGACUACCCGCAGGAAAUAAAUGUUGCUAUCGAUGCUAUAUAUGAAAUUGCAGACAUUGGGAACGGGCCUGACGCCCAAGGACAGAGUAUGAGUGACUGCCAAGUGAGGUCUAACAGGCUGUACCAGCUUGUAAAGGAAGGGUCAUGUGUCGAUAUCGAGAAGAGCCUUAUCGCAGAGCACACGUUUGGCCCGCCCCUCGAGUCGGCGCCAUCGCUUUCCUUCGCACCAGUUAUCUUGGCACAAAGCCGUCUCGUGAACUUCUCAUGUCUGCAUCUGCUAUUCAAAGUCCACAAAGUAAGGGAUCACCUGCAACUGCAGGAACGAUUUCAACUUCUUGGGAAUGCCGAGUUCCUGCUCCGUAUUUCGCUAGCCCUUUUUGAUCCAAACAUGCAUAGCGGUGAGCGAAAGUCUGGUGUUGCGAGGGGCGGUUCAUCUACUGGUCUACGACUUGGGAACCGAAAUUCCUGGCCGCCAGCAAGCUCUGAGCUCCGUCUGGUCUUGACGGGGCUACUGUCUGAGUGCUAUGAGGGCGAUUCUAGCGGAAAGCAUCAUCACCACCCUCAUCCGGCCGGUUCUAGAGACUUACCCGGUGGCCUGAGCUUUUCAAUCCGUGAGCUUACGGGAGAAGAACUGGAAAGCUGCAAGAACCCGCAUUCACUUGAAGCCCUUGAUUUCCUUCGAAUACAUUAUACCCCACCCUCACCGCUAGAGGAGGUGAUAACUCCUCUGAGCCUUGAGAAAUAUGACAUAAUAUUCAGGCAGCUUCUCAGGCUUAUAAGGAUGCUCUCUGUGGUGCGGGACCUGGUUCGCGGCCCGUCAGGCCGACAGACAUCAAACGUGGAGGCGCUCGAACAGAGAUUUCGCUUGGAGGCAUCCCACUUUGUCCAGGUAGUGAGCGACUACUGCUUCCAAGUCGGAAUUAACCAUCCCUGGCAACAGUUUGACAAGAAGCUAUCGAAGAUCGAACGGUGCAUUGACGCUGGUGAUGUCGAAGGCACCAUCACGCAUGCAAAGGGACUCCGGCGAUUGCGGGAAUACCACGAACGGGUUCUCGACAGGGUCAUCCUGGCCCUCUUCCUGAACAAGAGCCAGCUCAAGGCGCGCAACAUGCUGGAGGAUGUCCUCCGGUCCAUCCUAGCGUAUUCCUUCCACGUCAAGGCAUACCAGGAGCGACUGGACAUCGCCAUGGGCGAGGGUAGGAUGCCAUCGUCCAAAACCACUGCAUACUACAACCGGUCCAUUUCGGAGCUGUACUCGCGGUUCAAAAAGCAAGUAGGCAGCUUCAUCCGCUUUUUACGUAGCUUAGAGGCGAGCGGUGUCAAAAAUAUGAUUGAUCACGAUGACGACAUGGAUGCAUCGGCCGAUAUAGAUCUGAACAGCAUCUUUGAGCAUCUUCUCUUACGACUUGAUAUGAAUGAAUACUAUUGA